AUGCAUCGGUGCAUCGGUGCCCAUACUUUAACUGGCCACAGUGGAAAAGUACUCGCAGCAAAGUUUCUCGGCUCCACAUUCCUGGUCACCGGUAGCCACGAUCGAACGCUGAAAAUUUGGGACCUCAAAAACCGUUCAUGCACUGAAACAAAGUUUGCCGGCUCGAGCUGCAACGAUCUAGUCACUACGGAUAGCUUUUCCUUCAUCAGUGGUCACGUGGACAAGAAGAUACGCUUCUGGGACGUUCGGACGGCCGAUUGUACGGCGAAUGACAUUGCUCUGCUGGGAAAGAUCACCUCUCUCGAUCUGUCGAAAGAUGGAAAGUUUCUGCUGUGCUGCGUGCGAGAUGACACGAUCAACCUGCUCGACCUGCGCCAGAACCGCAUCGUGCGUACAUUCAGCAACGAUCAUUUCAAGGUCGGCUGCGAUUGGUCACGGGUGGCGUUCAAUCCAUCGAGUACUCGAAUUGCCGCUGGAUCAGCUGAUGGAUCCGUAUUCAUCUGGAACAUAAACGGUUCCCUUGAGACAACUCUGAAAGAUCCCAAUGGAAGCGGGGCUGCCGUCACGGCCGUCAGCUGGCAUCCGUUCAGCUCCACGCUGGCCUCGGUCGAUCGGGCCAAGAAAUGCACGAUCUGGUCGAACGCUUAGCCCGGCAGGACGGCAAUCACCAGUCGGUCUUCAACAGCGUCCUUGUUGCCACCGGGCACUUGCAGCUGGCCAAGGUUCUGCUUCGGGAAGCAACCCGCUUCUCGGAGGAUUGUCUGUGCAUCGUCUGCAUCAUCGUUAGUGCGUCGUUGUCGAUGGAUGCUGUUAUUGUUUUCCCUUCUACUGCGGUCGUUCUUUGAGGUCACCGUCCCAUUCGUUCUACACAGUAGCAUCCUUACGCUUCCGUAACGAUGAAACGGCUGCCAGAUUUGCCUCGACAUGGCUCCGAGGUGUCGGUGUUGCAGGAACCUCGACAAGAACACGUUUGCGCUUAUCCUUUACUGUUUUGUCCCCUGUUUUGUAAUCAUUAUU